GGAAGACAGGACAGACACCUUUCUUAGAGGACCAUGACAGAUGGCAUACAGAUAAUAAAUUCUGAAAAGAGCAGCUCCUGUUGCAGUUUUUUCUUUUGGGGCUCUAAAACGAUCCAUAAAUGGUCUGCAUCCCCUGGGAGUCACUUGUAGUGUCAUGGGCUCCUAAUUCCUGUUUAGCCAGGGUGUGGAAGAAAGGAAACAUUUUCAUUUGAGCUAUAAAAUGAAAUGGGUGAUUUGGGCCCCUUAGAAACUGAUUGGAUCUUAAGGUAGUCAGUAGAAAUUCCAGAUGAUGGAAGUGAGCCCUAGACCAGGUUGUUACCCAGGCUGAAUUUGCUAUGAGCUGUUGUCACCUCUGCCUGAGGUCUCAGUUUGCUGCUGGCACCAUCAUGGGAGCAGCUGGAAGCCUAUCACUUGAAAAUUUGCACAUUUACACUCUAAAAAAUAAUAGCUUGCCCCAGCUCACGAUCCGUGUGGUGCAGGGAUCUUACUUUUCGGGAAAGAGCAGUGGCAGGUUGUAUAGAAGCAAAGCACAGCAAUGACUGUGGGACACAUCAAAAUCCUUCUCAGAGGCUGUAGCUGGACUCAACUUUCCUAAUGCUGUCAGCAAAACAAACAGGAGCAAUUUGAGCUCAGGAUGAGGGAGGAAAAUUGUUUCCCAGCCAGGUGGUCCCUGCAUCAGAGGCAGAGCUUUUAUUUUCAUGUUAUUUUUGCAGUAAAUGUGAGACUGAUAGGCCUGAAUGGAGCCCAGUCCCAAAAGGAAUUUGUCCUUUUGCAGGUUGAAAUACUUAUGAUCACCUAAUAUUGUGUAAAAUAUUUCAAAAUUGGUGAACUGUUCUUCUGUGUCUUCUUUGGUCACAGCAGUGUGUCAAAGGCAAUUUGUCUCCUCACUUCCUGGUUUCUAACUGUUUACUGUUGUUUUUGGUUUUUUUUGCUGCUUUUUCCUCCUUGAACCUGCAGGUGAAAAUGGCUGCGGAAGAGAAGGAGAAAGGCUGGGCUUCGGAACAGCAAGAGGCGGCUGAGCACGGCGGGGAGAGCGAGCCGGGCGUGCUCCUGGGCCGGCGGCUGCCUGAAGCCGGGAGAUUCGCGUACGCGGCGCUGUGCGGCAUUUCCCUCGCCUGGCUGUUCCCUGAAAACGAGCAAAGCUCCUUCAGGACAGACUUCAUCAAGGGCUUUGUGAAGUGGCUGGACCUGCCUGAUGCUGUCUUACCUGCCAUGACAGCUUUUUCUGAUGGCUUAGGAGGUGAGGGCACAGAAACUUUCACUGAAAUUUUGCUGAAGGAUCCCAUCUUGAAAGAAAAUCCACUUCUUAUUACCCAGGACCUUUUAUCAUUCUCUCUUCAAGAUGGAUCCUAUGAUGCUCGAGCCAGGGUGUUGAUCUGCCGUGUCAGCUGGCUGCUGAGACUUCCCUUGGAAGAUCUGGAAGUCCUGGAGGAAUCUCUGCUUGAGAGCCUGAAGGAACAAAAAGAGGAAGAGUCAGAAACUGCAGAAGUCUCAAGAAAAAAGAAGGAAAGAAGGAAAAAGCUGAAGAGAUACCUGCUGAUCGGUCUGGCAACUGUUGGGGGUGGAACAGUGAUUGGUCUGACAGGAGGCCUGGCCGCCCCUCUGGUUGCUGCAGGAGCUGCCACGAUCAUUGGGAGUGCUGGAGCAGCUGCUUUAGGAUCCACUGCUGGGAUUGCUGUCAUGGCAUCCCUUUUUGGAGCAGCAGGAGCUGGUCUUACUGGAUACAAAAUGAAGAAACGUGUGGGAGCCAUAGAAGAGUUUGAAUUCCUCCCACUUACGGAAGGGAAGCAGCUCCACAUCACCAUAGCAAUCACUGGAUGGCUGUGCACUGGCAAAUAUGGGAGCUUCACAGCCCCAUGGAGCAGCAUGUUGCACUCGAGUGAGCAGUACUGCCUGGCCUGGGAAUCCAAGUACUUGAUGGAGCUUGGCAAUGCCUUGGAUUCCCUGCUGAAUGGUUUUGUGAACAUGAUGGCUCAAGAAGCCCUAAAAUUCACUGUCUUGUCAGGGAUUGUGACAGCCUUGACUUGGCCAGCGUCACUCCUGACAGUUGCCAGUGUCAUUGACAACCCCUGGGGAGUGUGUCUGCAUCGCUCUGCUGAAGUGGGCAAACACCUCGCACACAUCCUUCUCAGCAGGCAGCAGGGCCAGAGACCUGUCACACUGAUUGGCUUCAGCCUGGGUGCCAGAGUCAUUUAUUUCUGCCUGCAGGAAAUGGCUCAGGAAAAAGAUUCACAAGGGAUCAUUGAAGAUGUUGUCUUACUGGGAGCGCCAGUGGAAGGAGAGGCCAAGCACUGGAGAUCUCUCACCAGAGUGGUGUCAGGCAGGAUCAUAAAUGGCUUCUGCAGGGGGGACUGGCUGCUGAGCUUUGUUUACAGAACCUCCUCUGUCCAGCUCAACGUCGCAGGCCUCCAGCCAGUGGACCUGGAUGACAGGAGGAUGGUGAACAUGGACCUUUCCUCUGUGGUAAACGGCCACCUGGACUACAUGAAGCAGAUGGACACAAUCCUAAAAGCUGUGGGCAUUAAAACCAAGGAAUGCCAGCUGGAAGAGAAGAGCAGUGGCAGCCUUUUUUCCCCUCAAGCCAAGAAAUCCCAGAGGGCAGCUGGCAGGGAGGCUUGGGGACAGGAAGACACCAGGAAAGAGAAGGGUGAGGUUGGGAGUGAGGCUCUCCCAGCCAGCUGUGCUCACCAACAGAAUUCCUCCAGCUCUGCCCUGGGAGAACCCUCUCCUCCCUGCCCAGACUGCUCACACAGCACAGACAGCAAGGACCAGGCAGUGGGGAAGGGAGCAAACUAGGACAGAGCUGCUCAGCCAGCACAAAAACCGCUGUCAGCACAUCCGUGGCACUGGGAUUCCCAGAGGAUGGAGCUGGCGGAGCCGCGGCUGCAGUUUCCAGCCCCUCCGCAGGAAAGUGCGGCACUGGCCGGCGCUGGGUCUCGGCCCACGGCACCUCCCGGAGGUGAGAGAGGGCCGAUUCCUGCCUCAGUCUGCGCUGCUCCUCAGGAGCCCCAGGCAGAUCCCAUCCAAGUCCCUGCAGGAAGCGGCUGCCCCCCUCAGCACCGUGUCCCUCUGUCACUGGGGGAAGCAGGUGCCUCUGAGGGGAUUGUAGGCAUUUCACAGAAAGGGGUUCAUUGCUAGGAAAUUAAAACCAUUUUUCCACUGGAGAUGAGUUUGGUUUGAGGAUCUCAGGUGAGUUCCAGGCUCUACCUGCCCCACUCCAGAGAGAUCCUCAUCUGCUCUCCAGCUCUGCUGACCAGGAGGGGAAAGGCUUGGGCUGCCAGGCUUCCUUCCCCCACCUGCUGCAGCUUUGCUGCCAGGACUUGGGCACUUUCCCAUCUCCAAGAUGGUUUUCCUGUGUCCAGGCUGGUGCUGGUGGGUGCUGGAGGCUCUAUUCCUGCUAGAAACAUGUUUGGGACCCUGGGUGGAAGCAGCAGGAAAACCCAGAGAGUUUUAGAUGG